AUGGCGCCUAUUGCUGUUACCCAUGUCGUCGAAGCGGCGAAGCCCUCGAAAACGACCGGCAACCGCAAGUCAGCGGUCGAGGAGACAGGAGAGAGCAUACGCCUUGCCGCAAGAGCAGGUGAAUACACCGAUCAGACUUCUGGCGUAGCGCCAACAUAUGUCCAGGCAAACUUGAUCGUCCUCCCAUCGCAAUACGCUUCGGACUUCCGCCUCCUGUGUCGAAGGAACCCAGUGCCCUGUCCUCUGCUGGCCGAAUCCAAAGAGGUAGGACGGUGGGACCAAUUACAAUCAUGGAUCCAAGGCGUGACAGGCGAUCAGAUCACCAAGGACCUCGACAUCCGAAACGACAUCUCAAAAUAUAUGGUCUAUGAGAAUGGAAAUUUGACAAAGUCACAUUGUCAUAACGUCGAGGCUGAAUGGACUGAAGACCACGUCGGCUUCUUGAUUGGCUGUUCGUACAGUUUUGAGACGGCACUUACGGCGGCCGGUCUGCUCCCUGCUCAUACGGCUCACGGGAGGAAUGUUCCAAUGUACCGGACCAAGAUCCCACUGUGCCCAGCCGGGGUGUUUCAACACUCUACAUAUGUGGUGUCGAUGAGACCGUACCGGCGGCGAGACAUUGAGAAAGUGAGAGGGAUAACUCGGCCAUACGUAGCGACCCACGGAGAGCCAAUCGAUUGGGGUUGGGAUGCUGUUGAACGAUUGGGGAUCCAGGAUCUGAGCCGACCCGAGUAUGGAGAGGCGCCUAUAGCGACGGACGGUUCUCCUCUUGUGAGAGGAAUGGGUAUUGAGGAUGACGAGCUUGUCCCUGUAUUUUGGGGGUGCGGCGUGACUCCUCAGGAAGCCAUACGCAGAGCAAAGCCCGAAGGAACUGUUAUAGGCCAUGCUCCUGGUCAUAUGCUUGUCCUGGAUAUCAGGGACUGGGACAUCAUCCCCAAGCAAGAGGAAAUCCCCAUAUGA